AUGGAGGCGCGUCUGGCCAAGGGGCCGUCUGCGACGUUGAGGCCGAUUGUCGUGGCGGCGCUUGGCUAUCUCAAGAAGUACGCCUACAUGACCAGCAACGAGUACUGGAUCACCACCUUCCUGGAUCCCUCCACGAAAGCGGCGUGGUUCGAUGACGCACACUGGGAGAAGCAGCAUCCUAAGACGGAGAGGAGGGAGAGGCCGCGUCCAUCGUCCGGGGAGGUGAUCACGCUGAGGAUCGGCGAGGGCCGGCGUGGGAGAGGAGUUGCAGAGCCCGAGUUCGCCAUUGAGGGCGAAGGGGUGGAUGUGGAGGAGGAGGAGGAGGAGGAGGAGGAGGAGGAGGAGGAGGAGGAGGAGGAGGAGGAGGAGCAUGUGGAGGCAGACGCAGAGAGGGGCGGGGAUGAUGAGGUUGGAGGAAGUGGGUCCAUGGCGUAG